AUGUCUACUGCUACAAAAAAACCUCAAUCUAAAAACUAUUCUGGAGAAAGACAAAAACAUUAUCUUACAGAAUAUAUUAUAACUACCAAUGAAUAUGUCAAUCUUCUAAAACUGAAUAAUAAAUAUUGUUAUUGUGAGCCUUGUUUUAAAGCAUCAAAUUCUGAAAAAGUUAAACUUGUUAAUAGAAAAAAAUUAGUAAAAAAUUAUCUCAAAGUAUGUAUAAAUUUUAUAUAUAAAGUCAGUAGAGAAGAACAAGCAAAAAAUAUUUUAAAUAAUGAAGAACAGUUAGCUAAAAAACUACAUCUAGAUUUUCAAGAAUCUUCUGAUGAAGAUAUUAUUAAAACUAUAGCUCAAAAUACAAUAGUGACAGAAAAAAAUAAGACCAAAAUUGAUUAUUUUCUUGCUCGCAUACUAACUGUUUUAGAACAAAGUGCAAUUAAUAUAAGUAGGCACAGAAAGAAAUAUGAGGAUAUUAUGCAAAUUAUUGAAGAAAUGUUUGAAGAAAUUAAUUCAUUAAAUAUAAAAGUAAUAGGACUUGUAACUGAUAAUAAUGCAGCCUAUGCAGUCUCAUGGUAA